GGAGCAGGCCCGGCUGCGGGCCCGCGUCGUCGACCGGGACACGGAGGCGUGGCAGCGGGACCCCGGCUUCUCGGGGCUGCGGAGGGUCGGGGGCGCCGACGUGUCCUUCGUGAAAGGGGACAGCGCCAGCGCCUGCGCGUCCCUGGUGGUGCUCAGCUUCCCCGAGCUCCAGGUGGUGUAUGAGGAGAGCCGCAUGGUCCGCCUGACCGCCCCCUACGUGUCCGGCUUCCUGGCCUUCCGAGAGGCGCCCUUCCUGGUGGACGCGGUGCAGCGGCUGCGGGAGAAGCAGCCCGACCUCAUGCCCCAGGUCCUUCUCGUGGAUGGGAACGGGGUGCUCCACCACCAAGGCUUCGGGGUGGCCUGUCACCUUGGCGUCCUCACUGAUCUGCCCUGCAUUGGGGUGGCCAAGAAACUGCUGCAGGUGGACGGGCUGGAGAAAGACGCUGCCCACAAGGAGCAGAUUCAGCUCCUGCAAGCGGGGGGAGAGGCCUUCCCUCUGAUUGGAGGCUCUGGGACGGUCCUGGGAAUGGCCCUGAGGAGCCACGACCGCAGCACCAAGCCGGUGUACGUCUCUGUGGGCCACAAGGUGAGCCUGGAGACGGCCGUGCGCCUGACCCGCCACUGCUGCAGAUUCCGGGUCCCGGAGCCCGUGCGCCAGGCCGACAUCCGCUCCCGGGAGCAUAUCCGCAGGACCCUGGGCCCCCCCGGGAUGCCUGCGCCUGCGCAGGGGAGUGUCACUGCACAGAGGCCACAGGCACAUCCCGCAGGCAGCGCAGGAGAGCCUGUGGGGGAGGAUGGCGCCCUGCGGACCACGGUGGAGGCCCCAGCACAGGCCUAGAGCUCCACCCCCAGGCCCCGGGAGUGGUGGAACUGGACGCCAUGAAGACCCCGCCACCCCUCUCCGGUCUCAGGACAGUGCCCGGGGCUGGUCCCUGGGGACGGUGGGGGGCUGCCCUGUGCACAGGAGGCGCUCCCAGCCCCAGAGACGCUGACCACGCCGCCCCGGGGAAGCAGCAGGCACUGCCCGGCUCGUGGUGAGGUGGGGUGGGGUGGAGGAGCCGUGGCCACGGCGCCCCGGGCUGGGCCGGACCAGAAAGCAGGAGCGGCAGGGCCCCGAGCGGUGCGGGGGAGCCGGGGUCCGGUGCGUGGGUGGCCCGGCUGCCGGGACAGCAUCGGCCUCUGCUCCACCGCACCUUGGACUGUGCCUCUGCGCGGGUUCACUCUUCUUGUUCUCUGUGGGGUUCAUGCGUAAGCCAGACCCCCCGCCAGCCGCGCUGAGCCACCUCUGCCGCUGGGAGGGGUCCAGGCUGGGGCGGCCGCACUGGUCCGGCCCCCGUCCUGCUGUCCCACCCAGCCUGGCUGCUGAGCCGAGGCCCCGCCCCGGGCCCUGCUGCUGCCUGCUCCAGGCACACUUUGCCUCUCCGCACGCCAGAGCUGGGGGCUCACGGCGGGCGCCACCAUCUGCCCGCCUGACUCCUUCCAGAGCUUUCCCACCCAGAGCUCCCUCAGGACCAGGGUGGGGGCGUGGGAAGUGCAUGGCUGGCCCUGCACAGGGCUGGCGGGCUCUCCCGCCCCUGCCCACUGGCCUCUGGCGGGGCUCAGAGCUCCCUCCCGUGGGCGAGGCGUGGGAGGGGCUCGGCAGGGCGCUGGCCCCAGUGACACCUUGACGAAGGAGGCUGAUCGCUUGCUGACGGCCCUCACGCUGCAAGGCCGAGCUGGCUCCCAUGAGAAGGUCCCCCGAAUUCGGGCUCCCCCGAAUCCCCUCGGUGCCCGCCCCGUGCCAGCGGGAGAGCCGCCUGGGCCGGGUGCCCUGUGGCGUCCCCUCCCGAGGAGCAGGCCAGGGUGGUGGCGGUCCUGCAGCAGUGUCUGCGUGGCCGUUUUGAGCCAGAACUCAGCAUUUCGGCCCCUUCAGAGCUUAGUGGCUGCGCCGUCUCAGGCAGCCAUGCCUGCUGCCCCCGGGAACCCUGCACCCGUCGACAGGUGCUCCCACGGUCUCUUCCCUGUGGACCCUCUCCCCGCCUCUGGCCCGGCCGUUCCAGGGACUCCUCAGUGGGCCUGGGGCGGGGCUGGUGUUUGUGGCACUGUUUCCCUCCUCCAUCCAUCGGCUGGUCCUGCUUGGUCGGUGUCCUUCCGUGGCUGCUGGCCGUUUGGGUGCUCGGAGCGCUCCCUUGGGUUUGUGUGUAGAGGGAGUUUCUGGGCCACACAUCGACUGUUUCUCUCUGUAGGAAACCCUAACCAUUGUACACGUGUAUCCUGGGAGAGCUCUGCUCGGGUCCUGAUUGGGCUGCUCUCUGUGGCUGUGUUCGAGAGUCCUGUGUUCUGGGGAUUCGAUCCUUACCAGUUACAUGGUUUACAAACACCUUC